CCCUCAGCUUCCCGCCCUCGCCGCCGCCGUCAUGGCGCUGGCCGAGGCCGGGCCGGCGCGGGUGGUGCGGAGCGGGCAGAAGGACGAGCUGUACCGCAGCGGGCUGCGGAGCGGGGCCGGCGCCGCCUUGCACGGCCUCGCGGGUGCGAAGAAGUGGCUGGAGUGGAGGAGAGAGAUCGAACUGCUUUCUGAUGUGGCCUACUUCGUCCUCACCACUCUGUCAGGUUACCAAACUCUGGGUGAAGAAUAUGUUAACAUUGUCCAAGUUGACUCAACCAAGAAAAGGGUACCUUCUUUUCUUCGACGGGCCGUCUUCAUUUCUCUUCAUACUGUAGUACCUUAUUACUUAGAAAAGGGAUUGCUGCAUCUGGAACACGAGCUGCAGCUUGAAGCUGAUGGGGCAAGAACCUUACAGAGCAACCCAGCGCUUGGCUUAUCCAGUAGGACCUUAAUACGAAACUGGAUACAGAGACAAGUCAGGGAGCUUACAGAACAGCAGAAGAAAAUAACCUUACAAAUUGUGUAUGUUCUUAAACAAUCCUUUCCUUUGCUUCAUCGACUACAUCUGGCAGUAUUCUACAUCCAUGGCACUUUUUAUCACCUAUCUAAAAGAAUUGCAGGAAUCAGAUACCUGCGCUUUGGAGGACUGCAAGAAGAUCAGAGUAUUCGAUCAAGUUACAGGUUUCUUGGAAUAAUUUCACUCUUUCAUCUUCUUCUGACAAUCGGUGUUCAGAUGUACAGCUUCAAACAAAAGCAAAGAGCGAGGCAGGAAUGGAAACUACACCGCAGCCUGGCUCCUCAGAAAAAUAUGACCAAGGAAAAAGCUACUGGGCGCCACUCCCGCUGCACUUUGUGUUUGGAAGAACGGAGACACACAACAGCCACACCUUGCGGCCACCUGUUCUGCUGGGAAUGCAUCACAGAAUGGUGUAACACCAGAACAGAAUGUCCACUGUGCAGAGAGAAGUUUCAUCCUCAGAAACUGAUCUACCUACGUCACUACCAAAUGUAAAGGAAAAACUUCAUUUCAUGACAAGGGUCUUCACUCUCAUACCCUUUACAAAGUGGUCAUACGGCUUGAAUUAGUCCAAGAACAAGGCUUUAUUGUAAAACUGGUAACUGCCUGUACAAGGUGGCACUUCAUUCCUGUUUUACAAAAUAAAUCUAUUUCUGCCUCUAC